GACGACGACGAGGAGACAGAUGACGAGACCGACGGCGAGGAUGGCGAAGGUGGCGGCUUGGGUGAGGGCCAGGCGCCCCCUUCUUUCCCCGACUGCACCGCGGGCUUCCUCCCCGCGGCCGCUGAUGCAGCGCGCGAGGAGCCGCCUGCGCCCGCCGGCCUCUCUGAUUACGGCGGAGGCGGGAGGGACUUCCUCCGGGGGACUUCUGCGGCCGAGGACGUGUUCCCCGACAGCUACGUCUCCUCUUGGCAAGACCGGGACCAAACCGCCCCUGAAGGCUGUCCCACCGAGACCCCAGCCCCGCCCGACUGCGUCCUGUCUGUACCCCGUCCACCUGGCGUGAAGACCCCUGGGCCGCCUGUC